AUGAAUGUAUUUUUAUCAUCAUCUGAACACCUUUUACAUCGUUAUACAAUGGAAUCAACAAUUAAAUCAUCUGACAUUCGAUCUAUACCUAUUGAAGCAGUAUCAGAACUUGUUAAAAGUUCAACGGAUAUUAAUGCGACUCUUCCACAAGAUCAAAUUGAUUUAGAAUCACAACGAGAAAAUACUUAUAAUGGCAACAUUCUAUAA